CCCCGCACAGGCUGCGUCCUGACGUUCUCCCACGCUCCGUCUCCUAAGCAACGUCGCCGCAGGUCGGGAGCUCCGCCGUAAAGCGCGGCGCUGUCCCGAAAGGCAACGUAAAGCGCCUCUCUGAGGCGAAAGGCCCGGCCCGGCCUAAGUUGAAUGGAGGGCGAGGAGGAGGCGGCGGCGGCCGGCGGUGGGGGCAGCAGCCGGGGAGGAGGAGCCGCCGCUGCCGCCCCUCAGCGUCGUCGCCGUGGUUCUCCUCUGAGCGAGCGGAGAGGCCAGCCAUGUUGCCCGCGGCCUGGCUGGCCAAGGGCGGCGCCUGCGGCUGGCGGUUCCUGAGGGGCGCCAACCCCGCCAGGGCGCGCCGGGGACUCCUCUCCCGGGCGCCGCUGGCCGCCGCCGCCUCGCCCCCUCACCGCCUGCUGCGCCCCACGGGCUCCCGGCAGCAGCAGCAGCAGCAGCUGCUGGCCUGGGCCAGCUGCGGGGUCGGAGGGCCCGCGGGGAACUCGGAGCGCGGCGCCGGGAAAGCCAGGCCUCCCCGCGGAUACGCCGAACUGGUAAGGGGAGAAGCGCGCCCACCCCCACCCCCUCGCCGAAGCAGGCGGCCUGGGGCUUCGCGGCCACUCGAGGCCCCGGAUGCGGCCCUCCCUCGCGGCCCAUAGCGCCUCCACAGCAACAAGAGGGUCAAGGGGGCGGUGGCGGGGAACACGCACCAAACCGAAUUUCUGGCACUUGGCAAACCCGAGGAAGGUUUCGGCCUGGUUUUACUACGUUCAAAAAGGUUUCGGAGCGGUUUUUGUGUUUUUGCUUUCCUCCCUUCCAUAUGUGAAAGGGCAUUUAAUUUAGCGCGUGGGUCCGUUGGGUUCCCUGCGAUGGUUAGAAGACUAGGAGAUCCCCAAUUUUUUUACAUUGGGGGAAGUAGCCUGUAGGGCUCAAGGAGGGUCGGGGCUGGACUACUUCUGCAGGAAUGUUCUUGAAUAUUGAAAGAGUUGCUACCUUUGUAUGGACUCCUCUCCUUGACCUGCUAAUUGUCUGUGGCUUGGGAAGGUUUUUUUUUUAUAGGUCCACGAUAUCGGAUACAGCAGACCUUCCCAAGUGUCCCUAUUUUCCAGGGACGGCCUUGAUUUACAGAAGCCGUCCCGCUUUCUGAUUUGAUCCCGAAAUGUGCCACUUUUCCUUAGGCUGUCUCUAUUUUCACUGGAGAAAUGUUGGAGGGUAUGGCGUUAUCUGAUCCCCGAGCCGUCUGAAGGCAAUCCUGUAUAGGGAAAUGUGUGGGUUUUUUCCCUUUUUUUUUUAACAGAUAUAACAUAUAAAACAUACAAAAGAGAGAACAUUACAAUACUAAGAGAGAAAAAACAAAAGAAAAAACAAAAAUAAAAACACAUUCCUUUUGAAGUUCAUUUUAAAUUCCAUUAUUAACUGACUUCCUCAAAUCCCCCUAACUGAAUUUCAUUGUAUCAACUUGUAACAGUUCUCCAAAAUCAUUUUUCUACUACAAUUUACUCCUUCAAUUUACUUUCUUCAUCUUUUUUCUUAUUGACUUAAAUCCAUAUUACAGUGAUACCUCGGGUUACAUACGCUUCAGGUUACAGACUCUGCUAACUCAGAAAUAGUGCUUCAGGUUAAGAACUUUGCUUCAGGAUGAGAACAGAAAUCGUGCUCCGGCAGCGCAGCAGCAGCAGGAGGCCCCAUUAGCUAAAGUGGUGCUUCAGGUUAAGAACAGGUUCUGGUUAAGAACAGACAUCUGGAACAAAUUAAGUACUUAACCCAAGGUACCACUGUACAAAAUUCUUAUUCUAAUCCUAGGCCUAUUUGAUACUUUCAAGUACCUUCUAAUUAUCUUAUAUUUAGGGAAGUGUUUUUUAAAUGUUUUUUAAUGUUUUUAUAUACAGUGGUACCUUGGGUUACAUACGCUUCAGGUUACAUACGCUUCAAGUUACAGACUCCACUAACUGAGAAAUAGUACCUCGGGUUAAGAACUUUGCUUCAGGAUGAGAACAGAAAUUGUGCUCCAGCGGCAGCAGGAGGCCUCAUUAGCUAAAGUGGUCUCCAGGUUAAGAACAGUUUCAGGUUAAGAAUGGACCUCCGGAACAAAUUACCGUAUUUUUUGCUCUAUAAGACUCACUUUUUCCCUCCUAAAAAGUAAGGGGAAAUCUGCGUGCGUCUUAUGGAGUGAAUGCAGGCUGCGCAGCUAUCACAGAAGCCAGAACAGCAAGAGGGAUCGCUGCUUUCACUGCGCAGCGAUCCCUCUUGCUGUUCUGGCUACUGAGAUUCAGAAUAUUUUUUUCCUUGUUUUCCUCCUCCAAAGACUAGGUGCGUCUUGUGGUCUGGUGCGCCUUAUAGAUCGAAAAAUACGGUAGGUACUUAACCCGAGGUACUACUGUAUGUUUGAAGCUGCCCAGAGUAGCUGGGGCAACCCAUUAAGAUGUGUGGGGUAGAAAUAGAAUUAUCAUUCUGGGAUGGGACAUCCCUAUUUUCAUCGGAGAAAUAUUGGCGGGUAUGCAAACACACAGGCUUGUAUACAGCCCGCCUGCUUCAGUAGGAGCUUGGCUUCCCUUUCUCUCGUGUACCAGUCUCACUGUAGUGAUGAGCGAAAACAUCUUUCCCACUGACCUUAGAGAAACUCCUUCUCCUUACUAUUUUGGGCACACUCCAGGAUCUCCUCAUUGGCAAAUUCUAAUAAUGUGUUCUGCAGUGUUUGUCCUGGACUUGUUUCCACCUGUGCUUGAAAUGAUUUCCUUUGUAGGUCUGCCAGAUUGCCUGAUGGAGACUGACAUCAGCGGUACCAAAUGUUCCCUUUGCAAUCUGGUGCAGAUCCACAGAGAAAGUGGUUCAAACUACUCCAUAAUCAUGUCAGGUUCCAACCCCAUGUGAUUAAGAACUCUUGCAGUUGUUAAGUUUGGAAAGUUUUAUGCUUAGCUUUCCGUAUACAGUGGUACCUCGGGUUAAGAACUAAAUUCAUUCCGGAGGUCUGUUCUUAACCUGAAACUGUUCUUAACCUGAAGCACCACUUUAGCUAAUGGGGCCUCCUGCUGCCGCUGCGCCACUGGAGCACAAUUUCUGUUCUCAUCCUGAAGCAAAGUUCUUAACCCGAGGUAAUAUUUCUGGGUUAGUGGAGUCUGUAAGCUGAAGCGUCUGUAACCUGAAGCGUAUGUAACCCAAGGUACCACUGUAUAAGCUUAUACUUGCUUGUGGAGAUGGAAGAAAGAAGCAGCUGCUUCAGUGGGGGGGAAAAAGCAUUUUGAGAUCUUAAAAAUGGCUGUUGCGACCUUCUUUAUUUCCCCAUUUCAAAUAUUCAGAAAUUAUAUUGUUAUGGAUAUAGGCCAUUCAUGUUUAUUGGAAGACUUAUUCAUGUGCAGGACCUUGUUUCCAUAUGGAGAAUUGAAAUAUACCAAUGGAGUGAAAAAGUAGAAGUGUUAAUGCCUGCCUGCAAUUACAGGCUGACCAGUAAUGUAAUGAUGUGUAAACAUCAACUCAGCAGUUUCUUUACAAACUGCUAUGCACAUAGGUGGUUGCAGAUGCCUGUUUCAAACGUACAUAGAAUCAUAGAGUUGGAAGGGACCCCAAAGGUAAUCUAGCCCAAUCCCCCGCAAUUCAGGAAUCACAGCUAAAAAAUCCCUGACACGGUGGCCAUCCAACCUCUGUUUAAAAAACCUCCAGUGAAGGAGAGUACAUUAGUGACCACUGUGUUUAAGUAGUAGCUUGAACAUAAGAAGACAUCAUAGAUCACUACAGAAAACUUCCUUUCUUCCAGCCUGCUACUUUCAGUGGAGCCAAUUCAUACAUUCCGUUUUGAAUCAGAAAGAAAGCAGUGUGCGAAUUGGCUCUGAAUUGUCAUUCUUUACAUGGGGAUUUGUUUAUUUGAAAAUAUUUUUAUGUCAAAACAUCACUUCAGAUUCUAAACCGGGAAGACUUUCUGUAGGGCAAUAUUUUCACAUGUGUAUACUACAGUCCUAGCCAUGUCUACCUAUAAGUAAGUCCUUUUGUUUCAGCGCAGCUUAUUUCCAGCUUAGCAGGGUUAGGACUGGAGUCUUAGCCAUCUGAAUGUGUUUUCCCAUUUUUGGGGGGUAUUGUUUAUGUGUAGCCUUUCCUCGCCUGCUUUUCAUUCUAAAAGCUAAAAUCAAUACCCAAGCAGACUGAGUUGAGGUAAUGUGUAUUUGAUUUUUAAUAAGCUUACUUCCUGUUGUUUUGUUCUUUCCAGUAUGAAAACCCUUGGACAAUUCCUAAUUUUCUCUCAAUGGCAAGAAUUGGUCUGGCACCGGUUUUGGGCUACUUGAUUGUUGAAGAAAAUUUCAAUAUUGCAUUGGGUGUAUUUACUCUGGCUGGAAUAACAGAUUUGGUAAGUUUUAGCAUACCAUUUUGAAACGUUUUACAGAAGAAAUGAGAAUGUCUUUCAGUUUGGUUUUUGUACAUCUUUUUAUUUUAUAGGAAUAAUAUGAUUCAAUAGGUAAAGAGAGAAUUUUCCGUUCUUUUCGUUUGCAGCUUAAGAUAAGAGACUGGCUAUGUUGAAACCAACUUUUUACAAUUUUCUUGACUGUGUGCUUCUAAUCUCUACUUGGGGUUUUGUUUUUUUUAAGCAUGACUUUAACAAACAAACCAUUUCCCUAAGAAUAAAUGCUUGUGUCAUUGUACUUGGCCAUUCUUGUAUGCAAGGGGUCUUCAAUUCAGGAUGCCAGCCAACUCUGCCCUCUUUCAGAUUGCUGUAAGGAAUUUAAGGAGGUCAUUUCAUUCUCUCGCUCCUCCUCCCCAACCCCUGGUUUAUGUUUUUCUUUUCUAACCAAUACUAAGUAUUUCAUAGCUACUGAGUAUGCUCAGCUCAAUAUAUAUAUUUGUUAUUUCUGUAAGUCUUGGGUACCUCCUGUUGUGCUAAUAGUCUCCUAUUGUUUCUCAGUAGCCCCAUUUUGAUUCCAUUCCUGCCAGCCCUCACCACCCAAGUCCUGUCUGAACAUGCCUGUACUAAUCUUCCCGAAAUAAGGAGACUUUCAAAAGCAAUUUGUGAUAUGGCAUGCUGCCAUGCUCAGGUGUCUGCUGUUCAAAGGGUUGAGGGGAGUCAGAAAUCUCACUUGGCAUGUCUUAGCCUAUGGGCACUCCUGAAUAAGCUCUUUCAAUUCUGGCCAAGGUUAAUAGUACCAUUAAAAGAGUUACUUUGUCUUAGCUGUCUGUUCAAUUUGCGUUUUCAGUUGGAUGGCUUUAUUGCACGAAACUGGGCCAACCAAAAAUCUGCUUUGGGAAGUGCCCUGGACCCUCUGGCUGAUAAAGUUCUCAUCAGUGUCCUGUACAUUAGCCUGACUUGUGCAAAUCUUAUUCCAGGUAAGCAGAUGAAUAUUGUUCUUGAAUGGCUUGAAUAGUUAAUCACUUUAAUUCUAUAGGGCAAUAACAAAAAAAUUCAUUCUGUCAGUACAAGGGUAGCCACUUGCACAACAGAAUUUCCCCCUUCCUAUGUGUGAGACCCUUGCUCUCCCCAAAUCUGCUCCAGGGAGUUGGGGGAACUCCCUGAAUAGAUUUGGAGGGAAUUACAUUGCACAAGCUGAUGGAGCAAGCUAUCUGGAGACCACCCAUAGCUUCCCAGCUUGCCCUCACAAUAUAGUAUCCAGACAGUGUGAUGACACGGUUCACAUUAAUCACCCACCUGCAGAGCAGUAAUGGUGUGUAAAUAUCAACCCAGCAGUUUCUUUACAAGCUGCUAUGCACAUAGGUGGUUGCAGAUGCUUGUUUCAAACGUAAAACUUUCCAAACUUAACAACUGCAAGAGUUCUUAAUCACAUGGGGUUGGAACCUGACAUGAUUAUGGAGUAGUUUGAACCUGCUUUCUCUGUGGAUAAUCAGGAAGACUUAUACCAAAGGACCGUGACUUUCAAAAUAGUAAAGAUGUAGGCUUCCGUUUGCCCCACAUCCUAAAAACAAUGUUAAUCCAUAUCCUUCCUUGAAGUCACUUACUGAAUUCAUAUUCGUAGAGAGUGGUGGCUUUAAAUGAUAAUUGGUACUCUUUCAUGAAUUCUGUUGCAUUUGUUUGCUUCUGAGAUUUCUGUCCUACCUUUCUAGGAUGCAAGUUAGAAAUAUUUACAAAAACAGUACCUAACCAAAAUGAAAAACACAACAAAAGAUACAGUUAAAAGCACCAGCAGACACACACUUUAUCUAUAAGUUUUAUUAAAUUUUCUGUUUUACACAACCUUAAAAUAUCAAUGACUUCCUUUCUUCUGUUUCCAUGGUUCAUUUUGCAUAACAUAAGUCCCUGCAUAUUUUAUAUAAACUAAAACUUUCAGUAUUCCAUUAUUACAUCCAUCAAAACUUAUUUACAUUGUUGAAUUUAAUCUUAAUGCUGCCAACGUUUUCAAGUGUACACAAUUUCCCCCAUAUAAUCAAUAAACAUUUUCCAAUCUUCUUUAAACGUAUGUUCUUCUUGUUCUAUUCUAUAUGUUAGGUCUGCAAGCUGCGCAUAUUUCAUCAGUUUAAGUUGCUAUUCUUCUUUACUUGGGACAUCACUCAUUUUCCAUUUUUGGGCUAACAAAACACGAGCCGCAGUAGUGGCAUAUAUAAAUAAGGUUAUUUACGUAUGCAAACACACAUUUUAAAACAGUAUCCUAAAAAAAGCAAAGAAAAAGCCUCCAUUAACAAUGGAUCUGAAUGAGAAGUUGAUUGCUGUAUAGAUGUUAACCACUGGGUUUUGGUACUAGUCAAGACAUUACUUAAGGAAAAUGUAUGUUUUUUAUGGUUUUAUUUAAAAAAUAAUUGACUUUUAUUCACUUUACAGUUGUACUUUUAUAGCAGCCAGUGCAUAUUAAACAAUGGGUUUUUGUAUUCCCUACCUGAACUCAAGAAGCUGUGUUUUAAAUGUGUGGUAUUCAAUAGGUGGACAGCAAACUAAAUGCCCUAAAUUUAGACUAAAUAAAAGAAAGCAAAUGAUUUAAAAAAAUUACUUUAUGUGCUGAUGGGUCUUUGGAUGCUAUACAGUGGUACCUCGGGUUACAAACGCUUCGUGUUACGAACUCCGCUAACCAGGAAGUAGUUGCUCUGGGUUGCGAACUUUGCCCCAGGAUGAGAACGGAAAUCGCACGGCGGCAGGAGGCCCCAUUAGUGAAAGCGUGCCUCAGGUUAAGAAUGGUUUCGGGUUAAGAACGGACUUCCGGAACAAAUUAAGUUCGUAACCCGAAGUACCACUGUACACUUGUAUAUAUUAGGAUUUGAAUUGCCUUUCUGCAUGCUUAUGUUAACAAAUAUCAUGGGUUUUUUCCAGUUCCUCUUACAUCUAUGAUCAUUUUAAGGGACAUUGCAUUAAUUGCUGCUGUUUUUUACGUGCGAUACAGAACUCUUCCUCCACCAGUAAGUAUGCAGGUGUUUGUUUUGACUUUAAAUCAGUCACACCUUAUUUGUACCAAGGGGGGGUGGGAUAUAAAUAGUAAAAUGACUAUUUAAAUUAUUGUAUUAUUAAAUAUGAAGAUGGAAAAUGAUCGUGUUGCCUUUCUAAAUGCCUUAGUUGGUUCUUACUAGCUCACAUGCUUAUUAGACUUUUCUCCUCGAUAGUAUUACAAAUCAAACUUCCUGUCUUCUACAGAGAACACUUAGUAGAUAUUUCAAUCCAUGUUAUGCCACUGCUCAGUUAAAGCCAACAUUUAUCAGCAAGGUAAGAGCAAUUGUACAUCUUGCUAUUCAUUUGAUACCUAGUCUAUGUCACCAUGCAGCACAGUUGGGUAUGGAUGUUUUUGUACUAUUCUCUACCGUCAGCAAGCCCCAGUGAAAGUAUGAGAGAGGAUUUGGGUGAGGGCUCCAAGUUCUGAUUUGGCAGUGUGGGUUUUCUUCCUUUAAAUUCUGACAUCUCUUGUAAAGGGACCAGUAUGGGAUCCCUUUAGGGGAUAUCUGUGCUGCCUCAACUUCUCACUAGUGAAAAAUGUUUAUUUAAGCCAGGCAUAGGCAAACUCCGGCCCUCCAGAUGUUUGGGACUACAAUUCCCAUCAUCCCCAACCACUGGUCCUGUUAGCUAGAGAUGAUAGGAAUUGUAGUCCUGAACAUCUGGAGGGCCAGAGUUUGCCUAUGCCUGAUUUAAGCCUUCACUUUGCAGAAUCCUGUUCUUUAUGAGAAGUUUUUACUUCCUGGCCUGGUUCAAACAUAACAAUAAACCAUGUUUUAAGCAUUACUUGUGCGAGUCACAGUUGGUGAACUCCUUUUACAAUGAGGGAAGGAGGCGUGAAUGCCUCUGUUUUAAAUCAUACGAAGUUUUCUGUUAAUGUCUGAACUUUGGAAACUCUGGUUCAUUCACACAACAGUUUAAUCCUGAUUUAUUUAAGCAGCUACAAUAAUCUGCAGUUUCCCGAGUUUGAACAGGAAAUUGUCGUUUUUUAAAAACUGAAUUGGGCCCCCAAUGUUUAUGGUGUCAGAGGAAAACUGCAGGAAUUAUUUCUACAUUCUUGGUUUUAUUUUUCAAAUGUUCAGCCUUUAAUUUACAAAUUUUCAUUACUGCUAAAAGUGUAGCACUUUUAGAUCCUGUUGAUUUCAGGUGGAAAAGGAAUGUUAAUGUGUGACUUCAGUUUUCACGUAAUCUCUCACCAGAUGAACACGGUAGUCCAGCUCAUCUUAGUGGCAGCUUCUUUAGCAGCUCCGGUUUUCAAUUAUGUGGACAGUAUGUAUCUUCAGACCUUAUGGUAUGUAGCCCUUAUACUGCAUUUUUCGCCCUAUAGGACGCACCGGCCCAUAGGAUGCACCUAGUUUUUUGAGGGGGAAAGAAAGAAAGAAAAUUUAUCCCCCCCCCCCCCAACUGGGGCGGCGGAAGCCCGAGCUUUUAAAAACGCACCUACCGUAGUUUAUAGAGGAGAAAAACAAAGGCAGCAGGCUCCCUAGGCUGCGGAUAGCUGCCUGAAGCACGGGGCGCUCUGCUUCAGCACGCCCCGCGCUCUGGGCAGCAGGCUGCUAUCCGCAGCCUAGGGAGCCCUGUGGGAACUCCCGCGGGCUCCCCAGGCUUGCUGAUAGCUUUCUGAAGCCUGGAGGGCGAGAGGGGUCGGGGCCCACCGACCCCUCUCUCUCUCCAAGCUUCAGCGAAAGCCUGCAUUCGCCCCAUAGGAUGCACACAGAUUUCCCCUUCAUUUUUGGAGGGGGAAAAGUGCGUCCUAUAGAGCGAAAAAUACGGUAAUUGUUACGAUACAACUGAUUUGUGGGGGAACAGGCAAUUCUGAAAGAAUAGGAUGCAAAUGAAGGGAUCCUGAGCAGUUUUGGACAUCACCUAUUUGUAUGGUUGCUGAAAUCAUGUCACUAGUGGCUGCAAGCAACCAAGUUAAAGCAAUUGCAGCUCAAUUCUGGGUAUUUUAAACUUCUAAGUAAGCCUGUGCAUAGGAUUGCAGCCCUACUAACAUGGGAUUAUAUUCAGAGUUACUACUUAUGCUGAAUUGGUAUGUGGUCAAUAAAUUUAGGACUAGAAUUAUCUCUAGGCAAGCAGCGCUACCUUGGCUCCUCGUUCAGUAUGAGAUAAAAUAAUACCGACCUAAAGAUUCCCUCAUUGCAGGGGUUGGUCGGUUCUCCACCUGUGGGUCUCCAGAUGUUGUUGGACUACAACUCCCAUCAUCCCUGAGCUCUGGCCUUGCUAGCUAGGGGUGAUGGGAGUUGUAGUUCAACAACAUCUGGGACUCUAGAUGGAAGAGUUUAAAGUGGGGUAGCAAGAUGAUAUGCAUGAAUCAAUUUAGAAUUAUUAUGAUAGAGAGGCUCCUGGACCAUAUACUUAACCCUGCAAUACUAAGGUCUCUGGUUCAGUCCUCUUCAGCUCUUGGGUAAGUAAGACUGCGAAAGACCUACAAGAGCUGCAGCCAGUGAAAGUAGACUCUCGCCAGUGACCAGAUGGGUUGGUGGUCUAGCUUAUUAUAAGGAAGAUUCAGAUGUUCAUAUUUUGGCUUAACUAGAUUUUUGUUUGGGCUUCCAGAGAGCUCAGUGUUAAAAAUCAGCUUUGGCUGCUGUAGGAGAAAUUUGUUCACGACAAGUCGAACAUCCCUUGCCCUUACCUACCCUUCUUUACUAGCGAGCUAUGGUACUUUUUUCUCCUUGUGUUUCCUAGGGAACUAAUACGAUUGUUUCCUCCCUGAAGGUGCAUCACAGCUUUCACAACAACAGCAUCUGCUUACAGUUACUAUCAUUAUGGCCGAAAAACAGUUCAGGUACUAAACAGCAAAUGAAGGCUCUGAGUGAGUUGCUUGCUUCUUGAUAAAGAACACUUUUUGAUAGCUUUGUCUCAGUGGAAACCAUGUCUUCACAUUGAAGCUAUUCGGAAGUUAAAAUGAAGUUUUGAUUAUGUAAAUAUGCAGAAUUUUCAAUGUACUUUUUUCAAUUUGUUACAAAUAAAAUAUAAUUUUUUACCUUAAUGCACAAACACUUGCAGAGAUUAUCACCUGAUGGUUAUUGCUCAUUGCUUUUCUGAAGUUUUCACUUAUUUGGGGGGGGGGGGGAUUGCUAUGCUACCCUCCUUGAUGUAUUUGAAUUCAACACAUCACAGCCCCCUUCCAUUUCAUUGUUUUUAGGAUGUGGGGCAAACGGAAGCCUACUUUACUAAGUCCUACACUGUUGAUAAAAAUGUUCAAACUAAAACCUUGAACCACCCUUCUUAAUAGUCUAAUGUUUAGGAAAGGGCAGCCUUUGUUAUGCAAGGACAUAGUAAAUUAUGAUGUGCACUAACCUUGCGAUGCUUGUAUAAAUGUUUAGAAUUGAAUUGCUGACUAAGCAAGGCAACCCUGAAACUUUGGGAAAGAGAUAAACACUCUCUUCACAAAUUAGACAUCAUGAUUAAAUGUGUUGAAAUAAUGAAAAAAGUUGGUGUAGCAUAGUAGAUAAAAAACUGGAUUACUAAAAUUGAUGUAUGAAGUAGUGGGUGGAGCUGCUAAUAUUGCCAGAACAGAUGCUCCUCUUGUUACCUGUAUGGUACAAGAGUUUGGUUUCCCAUAUUCAACAAAACACAAUAAAAUAAAGGUAGUGAAGUUAAAACUAAGAAAGGACUUACAGUGUGGUUAGCUUAUAGGAUGUUGAAAAGUCCACUGAUGGAAAAAAGACAUGAUUAGGACAUAAUGAAUAAAAUUCUGGGCAAUGUCACAGGUGAUCUCUAGGACUUCUGUAGCUCAAGCAAGCAAGUAUUCUGCAUUAGUGGUUAGUAUGAAAUGAAUAUGCUAGUUCUUUUAAUAAAACAGUAGGAGGCAGUUUUUAAAUUUCCUAUUUAAAACAUCAGACAUGGAAGAUAAAUGAUGGCCUGUCAGAGCACAGUCCAUCUAUAGGCAUGUAGUCUUUUGCAUAUGGUGAGCAAGAUGACCUGUAAAAAGGUUCUAUAAACUGAAAAUGAACUUUUGCAUGUUGGAUUAUGCUGCUAUCUCACCAGAAGUGAAUUUAUUGUGGAAUCAAAGGCUUGAUGGAGUAUAAAAACAAUUUUAAUAUGUUUGAUAUAUUCUAACUUGUAUAAAGAAGGUAUAUUGAAAAGAUACUUGAUAGUUUAUGUAACCUCAGAAUGCUGCAGUCCAGUUGUGUUGCAGUGUAAGAAGAUAAAGAAGCUUUUUAAGUUUAUCAAGACAAAAUAGAGCAUGAUGUACUGUAGAAGCACUCAGGUACAUUCUUACAACUGGACAAGAAUAGAUACCACAUGUCUCAAAUGUUUUAAAGAGAACUGAAAAAUGAUGUGAAGGCUUGUCCAUAGUCAGUGCCUCUGCACUUUUAAAAUAAAUUUUUCUAUGACUCAACU